UCACAGUCUCCCCUCCCUCGUUUCCGUCGGUCAUUCGCGUUAUAAAGAAGGCUACCCCCGUCCCCGCCAACUACGCUCGAAACCAAACAUCCAGCAAUGGCGGAAAAGAUCUCCAAGUUAGAGAUAAAAGUUGACCUAGGCUGCCGGUAUUGCUACAAAAAGAUUCAAAAGACUCUAUGCAAGCUCCAAGAACGGGAGAACAUAAAAACCAUCUCCUAUGACAAGAAGAACAAUACUGUCACAAUCUCCGGCCCCUUCGAUCCCGAGAAGCUCUCCAAGAAGCUCCGCUGCAUGGCCUGCAAGGUGAUCAUAGCCAUAAUAAUUGUAGUGGAGAAACCGAAGCCGCCGGCAACGCCGCCACCCCCACCAGUACCUUGCAAAUGUUGUUGCAAGGUGUGCAACAACAUUAAAAUCAUAUCAUGUGACCAUCACAAGGAUCCCAAAUGCACGGUGACCAAGAAGGUGAUCAAGGAUCCUACUCCCGAGAAGAAAAAGGAUGAUAAGGAUAAAAAAACUACCGAAAAAGAAACUGAAAAGGUGAUCAACGACAUUGAGAUCAUAGUAUGUGAGCAUGCAAAAUGCCCGGAUCCCUGCAAGGAGACGCCAAAAAAGGUAAAGUGUCCACCACCGUGUGAACCACCAUGUCCACCACCGUGUCCACCACCGUGUCCACCACCAUGUCCACCACCGUGUCAACCACCAAUUUGUCAGGUUUGUUGCUGGAUGCCCUCCUCUGGCGGGCACCAAGGAGGGUCUCGGUGUUACUCUUGUGGAAGGAUCUACGGAUGCGUGCCUGAUUGUCCACCAAUGCCCUUUGGUGGAACCUCUCAUGGAGGAUACGAGUUGAUUCUUAAGGAGGAUCCAUCAACGCCGUGUACCAUCAUGUGAUCAUGUGUAUCCGUGUUUUUCCUUUGCCAAGAAUAAUAACAAUAAUAAGGGUGAAGGAUGUUAGAUUUAUGGGAGAAUAAUGUGGAAAUGCAAUGUUAUUUCAGUGUAAUAUUUUCUUUUCGAAUAUUGUGUGAAAGGAAUAUUUUAUACAUGCUUGAUAAUGUGAAGUUUUUUUCUUA